AUGAGGAUCUUAAUUUUUGUCCUGGCACUGGGCGUUUUCUCGUGUUUAGGGUUUCCAGUGUACGACUAUGAACUCCCUGUCACAGAAGAGGCUCUCAAUGCUUCCAUUGCAAGGAUCAAUUCUCAGUCGUGGGGGACAAACCUCUAUGGUGUCGUCAGGAGCCACGUCACAAGAGUUGACAUGUGGAACAGCGAUGCUUAUAGACUAGAGCUACAGUUCAGCAUUCGUGAAACUGUGUGCACGAAAGCUUCAGGGAGAGACCCGUUCACCUGCGACUUCAAAAUAGGGCCUUUCGUGCCAACCACUUUCUGCAGAAGCGUUGUGGAGGUCUCUGGGGAAUUGGUCUCGAACGUUAUCGUGCAGUGCCAUCGUGGCACAUCCAGCUCCGAAUCGAUGAGCAGCGAGGAGAUGAUGCAUGUGCCGAUAAUGAGCCCCAACAGGCGAGGCAGCGGUCGUGGAGAGGAUAUAUUUGCUCCUGAAGCCUUCCCUUCAAGGGGAAGAGGCAGCAGCCGUGGAGACUGGCAUAAACCCAGCUAUUUCAGCUCUGACAAGAUUGAGUAA